AUGGCUCCCUUCAACCUCGAAACCUGCGCUAGGCCCAAUAUUCUGGCUCUACAGCCCGAUUACAAGGAUGACGGUACAAACAUCCUUCUCGAUGCCAACGAGAACGCGUAUGGUCCUUCUUUGAACUCGGAUGUCGCCAAGCAGACUGCCAAUGGCGUCGACGUCGAUCUUCUCGGCCUCCACCGUUAUCCCGACCCUCACCAGGAGCCAUUGAAGCAGCAGCUUUGCGAGUUGCGUAACACCCACGCCCACACGAGCAAGACGCUUAAGCCCGAAAACCUUUUCGUUGGAGUCGGAAGUGAUGAGGCUAUCGAUGCGCUGCUGCGAUGCUUCUGUGUCCCUGGAAAGGACCGUAUUCUUACCUGCCCCCCUACAUACGGCAUGUACUCCGUGUCUGCACAGGUCAACGACGUGGCCAUAGUCAAGGUUCCUCUUCUGGAGGCUCCCUCAUUCAGCAUUGAUGUGCCUGCUGUCCUCGACGCCUUGACGAAUGAGCCCAACAUCAAGCUCGUCUACCUUUGCUCACCAGGUAACCCUACCGGUUCAGUUCUCGCCAAGUCCGAUGUCCAGAAGAUCCUUGACCACCCAACAUGGAACGGAGUUGUUGUUCUUGACGAAGCCUACAUCGACUUCGCUCCCGACGAUGCUUCCCUCGCUGAGUGGGUGACCGAGUUCCCCAACUUGGUUGUUAUGCAAACCCUGUCUAAGGCCUUUGGCAUGGCUGGUAUCCGUCUCGGUGCUGCAUUCACAUCACCUCCCAUUGCCCGACUUCUCAACAGUCUCAAGGCUCCUUACAACAUCUCUAGUCCUACAAGCGCUCUUGCGUCAUACGCUGUCUCCGAGAAGGGUCUUGCUAUCAUGAGAGACCACCGCGCUCGUCUCCUAGAGUCGCGCGAUCGUCUUAUCAAGGAGCUUCCCAACAUCCCUGGUGUUGGACGUCUACGAGGUGGCACCGAGAGUAACUUUUUGCUUUACGAGAUGCUCAACUCAGCGGGUGAGCCAGACAACAGUAUCGCCCUGGCUGUGUACGAGAAACUCGCCGAAGGCAAGGGUGUGGUUGUGCGAUUCAGAGGCAAAGAGCACGGAUGCCUAGGAUGCCUACGUAUCACAGUCGGUACAGACGCCGAAGUGACAAGAUUUUUGGAGUCGUUGAAGACAACAUUGGCUGAAGUUAGAGGAUCCUAA